GUCCGCUUCGUUGCCUUGUCUGUACAUGAUUCUCCGUGAUACUGUGGAGUUCAUACAGUUACCGAUUGUUGCUAGUGUAUUGGAGCUGGAUUCGCAUUGGAGCAUUGAAGCCAGCUGUAAGACACGUUAGAGCAUGCCGACUGUCCGGUUUCUUCGUGCAGAAAAUGCAGUAUGCGAUGUGAUUUAUUAGGUUCUGACCAUCUGGACCUGUGAAAAUUUAUAUAUUCCUUUCAUAAGCAAUUGACGACGGUUUAAAGACUUCAAUAUGGGUGUUAUACUCAGCCGAUUUAGAAAGAAGAAAAGUACUUUGGAAAUUCUAGAAGGCUUAGAAAAGGACAUCAAAUCUAUAGAAGAAUAUGGACAAACAACAGAGAGACAACAUAAGGCCAUUGUGGGUCGUUUGGUGCUAUUUAGUGUGGGAUUGUACGUGUUAAUGGCAGCCUUGUUCUAUUUCUUUUUCUUCCCAGCAUCCAUGUAUGAUCAGAUUCAGUAUGUGAUUCCGUUGCUGCUUUUCCCUUUGAUAAUUGUAUUCGUCAAGCGAUUGGUGUCCUGGUGGUAUAGACGCAAAAUUUCCAGAAACCAAGUGAAACUUGGCGAUAUGAAGAAACAGAAAAAGGAACUACUGGAAGAAGUUAUGGACAAAGAAACAUACAAAGUUGCUCGUCAAAUCUUGGAAAAAUUUGCUCCUGAACAAUUGCGCAAGCCAAGUGCUGCUACUACCAGUUCAGUCCUUGCACGAGCUGGAUUGGAGCCAGGAAAAUUUUCAAACCAACUUGCUCUGAGCCAAAGAAGUGUAGUCCAAAGUACUCAGACAGCAACAUCCGGUACAGAACUACGCCGUCGACCUGUAGGACCUCAAUUAAUUUCAUCAUCAGACCGCUUGCCUCCUCCAAGGCCACUUGGCUCAGCGCCGGGCAGUCCCCGUGUGUCAUCUUCAGGGAUCCUCCCUACCGGACAAAUGAUGACAAGUGAGUCAACUUCAGUGGUCUCCCCAGUUCCUGGAGCAGCUGCAGACUCUAUAGGUACAAUUGCAGCACCUGUGGGUACUGCUACUCCUGCUGCUGUUGCUUCUCCUGCCGCUUCUGCUACUGCUGCCACUGUUAAGCCUGAUGUUGAUUCUGAGGAUGAGGAUGUUGAUGAUAAUAAUGAUAGCAAUGAAGCUGACAAAGACACUUCUGCUGGUGCUGAAGUAGCUGAUAAUAGUGGGGAGAAAGACACAGAGGAAGGGCCUCGAGCAGGAAUGUCUCCAUCGCCCAUGAGGUUGACCCGUCCUAUUCUUCCACGAGAGCGCACGGUGAUGGAUCGUCUUGUUGAGUAUCUUGUUGGUGAUGGAAUUAAUCAAAGAUAUGCCCUUAUAUGUCGCAACUGUUGUUCCCACAAUGGAAUGGCAUUAAAAGAAGAAUUCGAGUAUUUGGCCUUUAGGUGCUGUUACUGUUUUCAUUGGAAUCCAGCACGUAAACAACGACUACAAGCUCCACGCCUGGAUGCUCUACCAUCAUCUGGAAAUACUACUACUUCCUCUUCCCCAGCCGAGUCUAAUACUGAAGAGGAAGAGGAUUCAUCUCCUAAACACAAAACACCUGUACCUCUAGAUGGAAAUGAAAAAGAGAAUAAGUCUGAAUUGCAUGAACGAAAGGCAUCGUCUAGUAGCAGUGAUGGAAUUAUUCCUGCGAAUGCAGAGUCUGCUGAAUCCCCCUCGUCCACUGAAGCUGAGUUUGAAUCUCUGGUGCCUGACUCUACUGCUACCAUCCCUUCUGUUGGAAAUGAUUCUGCAAGUCCAUGAAACCACAUACCUACCAUCUUCUCAUCGAAGUUGUUAGGAUUGCUGUUAUCUUCAAUUGGCUUGAAUGUGAGCUGUAGAGUGACUUCUGAAAUUUCCUCACAAAAGGCAUUAAGUUGUAAAGUUGAACUACCAAAAAUAUACACAGUGUUUCCCGGUUUCUAAACUGCUUUAAAAGUUUCUAAUUGACACUUAAUACUACAUAAAUGUGUAUGCUUGUUGGGAACUAUUAAAAAUAGGUAAUUCUUUAUAUUCAAAGGGUAUGUGCAUGUUUAUUUCUGUUUACUUACUGUAAAAGAAAUUUAUUUCUUUUGAAUGAUAUUGUGGAAGAAUUUAGAUAAUUUGAAGAACAGUACUAUGAUCUAGACUUAGUUCUCAAAAAUGAUAGUAAGAAUGGUAGCAAAAGAACACUCAUGAUGAAUCUUUCAAACAACCAGCGAUGAUGAAUAAUUUGGCUAUAUCAGUAAAAUUAAACAUUUUAUCUAUCAAUGGUCUAUUCACAAUUUAGAAGUAUUAAAUUCAAAAUGUAAGAAAUUACCCCUCUCCCUCUUUUGAAAUGGGUGUUUAUUUUGCAAAUUAUUUCAUUAUGAUAAAUCUUUGUUGCUCUGCAUAAAUAUUACAGAAAUGAAAUUGUGCCUUGUUAAUUAUAAGAUGAGGUACAUAGGUUUGUGUGUGUUUUGCAGUAUCCAUUUUAAGACUUCAAAUAAAAUAAUUAUGGAUUGUAGGGGAACUACAUAGUGGGCAUAUGACAUAUAACCGUUACAAAUUUUGGUAAUUGUAAUUAUGGACUUUGCUAAAUAAAUUAAUAGUAAAAUGCUUCUCUAUGACUAAGAACUUACAAAUUUUAUUUUGUUAAAUUUACAUUUAGAACGUAAAUUAAAUUCACAUUUUAAUUUUAUUAAACUCACAUAGUCUCGGUCUUGGUAAAUAUUGUAAUGGUUUCAGGAAUACUUCAAGGGACAAAACCAUAUUAUCUUUUUGCACUGAUUCUUCUGAGCAUUGACAGAAUAGCUUGGCUGUAUUCAUCUUAUUUUGGUGUAAAAUAGUUGGUCUCUGAGUAAAAUCUUAUCAGGGGAAUAUUUGUCAACAAAACAUGACAAAACAUGACUCAUCAAUGAGAUCCUUUGAGUGUAGGUUGUUACUGUUGAUAAAUUCAGGAUAGUAAGAAAGAAGAUGUAAAUAAUUUACUAAGUGCUGUUCAUCGUUUUCCUUUUAUUAAUAUGUUAGCUAUCAUGCAAGACCAUAUGGUCUUGUAGCGACAUUCAAUUUUUUAGCAGGAGACCAUGUAAGUAGGUCUUGUAAGGAGAUUUAAUUUUUUUUUAGUACAAGACCAUAUUGUCUUGUGUGUUAGCUUGUCUCUUUUAUGAUAAUACUCGCCACUGGUCUCAUUAUAGUACUGACAUUUGUAAAACGUUCCCGUGAGUUCAUAUAGACUCGUACAUUUUUGUAAAUGAAAUUAAUUCUGUGUAAUAUGUAAAUAUUGGUACAAGUUUCAGUGUUCUAGCUUAUACAGAAGUGCAGCAAUUAUCGUUGGCACAGAAACGUAGUACGCGAAAAACCUUUACAGUGAUAUAGUUUAGUGAGAAUUCACUUCGCAGUGAAUGUGUUAAAUAUUUAUUGUCAUUAAAAAAUAUUAAAUUCAUUCUAAACUAUACUUUGCAAUUGCUAAUAUUCGGAAGUCACUAAUUCUUUGUAAUAUGGGAACCGAAGCUUGUAUUAUUAAUUUGUUAAUCACAUUGAUAUUUUUCUCUAUCGCACAUAAAAUGUGUCUUCCGAGAGCAUAUUGAAGGAGUAAGUUCAAGUAUUGUGAUAAAUCGUGAAAAAUUCCAUCCUUUUUAGGAAAAUUGUAUUAAUAUAUAUUUAUUAGAGAAAAUGUGAAUUAUUAUUAGGAGAAUGAUAAAAAGGGCCUGAAAUUUGAUGGGUCUAAAAUGCUCUGAGAAUGUGAAGAGAAAGAAGUUAAAUUUGACGAGAAGUGUUCACUUUAUUUCAGAAUGUAUGAAUUGUAUGGAUUCCAGCUUCACAUGAAUGAAAAACAAUUUUGAAUACCAGCCAUUCUUCAUGAAAAUGACCAUACCCUCCCUCCUCCAUGUAUAUAUUGUUAAAUAUUUUAUGAAUAAUGCUCCAAUAUUUUUUUAUAAUGCAUAACGACCCAUACAAAUCACUGAAGCUCAAAAUACAACAAUGUUAUGCAAUUCAUAAAAAAAUGAGUUUUUUGAACACACACACACACACUCACUCACAAAAAUAAUAUUAAAGAUAAACAUAGUAAUGAGAAACAAUCUAAACUUAGAAUGAGAAAAAAAAUUUAAAUAAUGACAUGAAAUUUCUUAAAAAUUACAUAAAGAAAAAAGCAGUGUACAAUGGUUUAACACAAUUGCAUAUUUAUAAUACGAGACUUGAAUUGGAAUUUGUGUAAAACCUAGCGGAGCUUAUCAUUCGUUAGCUAAAAGAUGAUAUAUUGUAAAAAACUGUCCUAGUGAAGAAUAAAUUUUACAUCAAUUACAUUUAGUCUUAAAUUUAUCAUCCAAAAGGGUUCAUCAAUAGCAUUAAUUAAUAAAAUGUAACUUAUGAAUUUUUUUAAUAUUGACUGAAGAUAAAAACAAAAGCAUUGGACACCAUAAAUUAAUAUUUUGUAAAUGAUUGACACUGUAAUAUGAAACUUACUGUUGUAUUAUGGGAAACACUGUGUUCAGAACUGAAAUUAAUAUGUAGUAUCGUGAAGAGAAUCGAUGUAUCAUGUAAUGUCAUUAAUCAUAGUUUGCUGUUGAAUUGUUCUUUUUAUUUUCAACAUGCAAAAAUACUAAAUGUGCCUUACAAUAACACAAGCUAGAAGUAUUGAAGAAUGUUUGUGAUAUAAGACUUUUUUUCUAGUCACCCAGUGCUUUUUCCCACCUUAUUGACACUUGUAUUACAUUUGCAGUGAUUUAUGUCCUUUCCAUCAAAUUAUUCACAUAUUUUGUCUGCUUGCCUGCUGUCCUUUAUUUUCUUACAAGAGAGCAUAAGGAAUUUUUUGAAUUGAAUAUUGUCUACACAAUUUGUAACACUGAAUGCACUGAAGCAGUCAUUUUCAACCAUUUUAGCUCCAACACCCUCUAAAGUAAACAAAAAUAUUUUUUUUCAACCUCAUCCCCCACCCUAUAGUUAAAACUGUUAAGCUGAGUUGAUAGCAAUUGAUAUGCAUAUAUGAAUUGUUAAAUGAGCAUUCUUGAAGUUCAAACUUCACACACAAGUGCUCCUGGUUAUUUGAUCUGUUUGUAUAAUGUUCACUGUAAGGGCAGAGAGUAAGGGUUUCUGUCUACAAUUGCCCUAGAACCUCAAAAU